AUGGCGCUUAAGGUCUCCGGUACAGACACAACAGCAGUUGACCACCUCGAAUCAAUCGAGAAAAUAGAUCCCUAUGCAGCUGCUCCAGGUAUCGAAAUAGAUGCAGCGGCCGAUAAGCGACAAUUUUGGAUGAUCACUCGCCGUAUUCUGGUCAUCCAGAUUGUCACCUAUUUCUUCCAGUCCCUCGACAAAGGCAUUCUCAACUAUGCCUCCAUCAUGGGUAUCAAGGACGAUGCACACCUGUACUCGUUACUGGGAACCAUUCUGUACGUCGGAAUUCUGGUGGGCGAAUACCCCCAGAACCUGCUGCUACAGAAGUUCCCAGUCGCAAAGACGCUCUCCAUCAAUGUGUUUAUCUGGGGCGCGGUCGUGGCAUGUUCGGCCGCAUCGACACGGUUCGGAUCCCUGAUGGCGGUGCGGUUCUUGUUGGGUACAGCCAUGUGGUAUAAGCGAGAAGGGCAAUCAUUGUUGAAUUCGAUCUGCCCUACAUCCUCAGGAACCCCUCACAAUCAGAUCGGUGGUCUUCUCGCUUAUGGCACAUCCCAUUACGUCAGUGGGGUGAUCAAAAAUUGGCAAUUGCUCUUUUUGGCCCUCAGAUGCGCGACAUGCGUCUGGUCAUUCUUCAUAGGGGGUUUCCAGCCAGACAGCCCUCUCUCCGCCAAACGCGUACGGCACAACGAGACGGGGAUCGAGAAUCGGACAUUCAAAAAGUACCAAGCUUUGGAAAAGAUCCAGGAUCCCGUGGUCUGGUGCUGUGUGAUGCUUAUCCUCGUUGCCAACCUGAUCAUUGGUGGCCUAGGGGUACUCUUCAACCUGAUCAUUGGAGAGUUUGGUUUCUCGCUGCUGCAGACUCAGCUUCUGAAUAUUGCCCAGGGCUCCUGGACUAUCAUCGUCAUGGUGGGGUCCGCGUGGUACUCGCAACGCUUCCAACAGACAUGUUUGAUAAUGAUUCUCUGGUCUAUCCCCGCCAUCGUGGGAACCAUCGUCAUCCUCGUCGUCACCCCGACGGCUUCAAACGCCGGUGGCAUGCUCAUCGCCUUCUACUGCACGCAGUUCUUCCUCGCCGAGGGCAAUAUGAUCAUCUCUCUGGUCACCCGAAACACCGCCGGCCAGACCAAGAAAAAUCUUCCAGCAUCCGAUGCUCCGCGAUACCUGCACGGGUUUCUGGCACAUAUUGUGGUCUACGCUGUUUUCAUCGCCUUGACGCUGCUGACACGGUUGAUUCUGACGCGUCGUAACAGAUCCGAAGAGCAGGAGGGUGGCCAUGUUUCCCACGAGUUGGCGCUCCAGGACCUUACUGAUCGAGAGAACCCGAACUUUCGAUAUGUCUAUUAG